AUGACGGUGGUAGAAGCUCCAUCUUGGGCACAGCCCAUCCUCAAAUUCCUGGUGAGCCGAGAGCUACCAGCCGACGAGAUCUUGGCCCGACAGGUGCAACGCCGGGCGGUGGCAUACACGAUAGUCGACAGAGAGCUCGUCAGGCGCAGCGUGACUGGCGUGUUCCAGCGCUGCGUCGAGCCGGACAAGGGCAUAGCAAUCCUGAGAGAUAUCCAUCAAGGAGAAUGUGGCCACCACACUGCCUCCAAAGCCCUCGUCGCCAAAGCUUUCCGCCAUGGUUACUUCUGGUCGACUGCUUUGGACGACGCCAAAGAGUUGGUCCGCAAGUGCAAGGGGUGUCAGUGCUUCAGCUCCAAGCAGCACAUGCUGGCCUCUGCAAUCAAGACCAUUCCCUUACCUGGUCGUUUGCCAUAUCACCGUCCGUCAAACGCCCAGGUGGAGCGAGAAAACGGCUUCAUCCUGUCCGGCAUCAAGCCCCGACUAGUCGAGCCUCUGGAGCAUUCGGCCGACUGCUAG